UCGACUUAUAGUUCCGUUAAAAACAUUGACUAACUUUCUUUUGUGAAAAGUGGGCAACUCCCUUGCCACCCAGUCGUUAAUAAUGGCGGCUAUGUUAGUUCGGCCGAAAAAUUCUUUUCUGCAAAAUAUUCUUUAAACCGAAAAGUCAUAAGUUUGUACUCGAUAGAUUUUUUUUUUCACCUUGGAAAUAGAGCAGUUUGUUAAAAAUUACCGUUUUCCACUAUACAUAUCGAUAAAUCGUGUCGUUCGGAAAUACUGUUACGUCGACUAAUCUAUGUAUAUGGAUGUAUUAGGUGACAUGCCUAGCAGUCGUGAUAUUGAAAGAGCUGAACGUAAUGGAAGAUUUCGAGCACGCAGAAGAGAUAGUACCAGCAGUGAUAUAAAUCGACAUAGUUUUGAAGCACCUGAUAAGAAGCAUAGAAGGCAUGGGAAAAAUAAAAGUUCUGGGAAAAAGAAAAAGAAGAGAUCGAGAGAUAAGUCCAUAGAGAAUGUUCCAACUGUAGCUUCUUCCAUUGUUAAACCUUUGGUUGAAUACUCAGAUGUGAGUAGCGAAGACUUGUCUGAACCAGAAGCUGGUGAAAUUCAGUCAGAAGAUAGUAGAGGUAAUAGCUAUACAGAUGGAGAAGUACCUGAAACAGUUUUACAAAGACGUUAUUAUGGAGGGAGUCCAGUACGUGCACUUGGAGCAUCUCCUAUUAGCCUUUCGCCAUCUCCACCAGUUCAGCAUAGACAUGUUAAUAGACAUUAUUCGCCAAAUGAACAGCAACCAUCUGCAAUGCAUAGUGGAACACCUGAAUAUGAAGAAGAGUCUAGACGAUAUGCAAGAAGAAAAGAAAAAAAACACAAACGAGAAAAGAAGAAGAAGAGAAGUCUUAGUCCAUCAUCCAGUACUGGGAAAAAGAAAAAACGAAAGUCUAAAAGGCAUUCUCAUAGUCUGAGUCCACAUCGCAUUGCAGAUGAAAUUAUCAUAAGCCCAGAGCAUGAAAAACCAAUUGGAAAUUGGUCAGAAUCACCGCCUUUACCGUUAAAAGAUAGUACUUCGCCGAUAUCACCUGCUACACCACAAGAACAAAGGUGUUUAAGUGAUGUAGAACUUGAAAUAACAAGGCAACCUCGAAAUGUAACUCCUCCAUCACUUCCUCCAAGACCAACAGAAUCACCCCAUACCCCUUUAUUACCUCCAAGAACAACGACGCCAGAAAAUAGCAAAGCAAGUUUAUCAACAAUGAAACAUACUCCUGAAAGACAAAAGCAUAGUCCUAGUAUCCAUACGCGACGUACCAGCAUUAGUCCAGGGCCCACUAUUAGCUCGAGUCGUAGAAGACCUCAUAGUCCAUCGCCACCAUCAAGACGAAGGGACCAUAGCCCAACGAGAAGAAGAGACUUUAGUCCAAGUCCAAUGGUGCAUAGACUUAGGCACAGUCCUAGUCCUUCAACAAGGCGAAGAGAAUUUAGUCCAAGUCCUGUAAGUCACCGACGUAGAGAUCCUGUUAAUUCUCCACCUUCGAGUAAACGUAGACGGCGAGAAGAAUCCGAAAGACGACAUAGACAUCAUGAAAAAGACAGAAGAGAUAAAAGGAAGUCGAGAUCAACUAGAAGUCCUACUGGAAGCAGGUUACAUUUACCUCUUUCUCGUUCACGAUCACGAAGUCCUGGACGAUGGCGGAAGUUACAAUCACGAUCUAGAUCGCGUUCACGGAGAAGAAGUCGUACUCCAAAAAAAUCUCGUUCUCCUAGCAAGUCACAUAAAUCAACAAGAAAACACAAAUCAAAAAGUCCACGUCCUUCGAGGAUACCUUCUCCUUCUCCUCAUAGAUCCAGAGCAAGAAGCCCCUCAAGUAUCACAGCAAGAAAUCUCCGAGUACAAGCAAAGAUUAGCGAAACUAGUUUAUUUGCUGAACUCGUGAAAGAUAGAAACAUGAGGGAAUUAGCAUACAAAAAGUUACAAGCAGCUAAGGAGAAGGCUGUUACUCAAGACGAAGUUCAAAUUAUAGAAGGCACUGAUGAAAAAGAUAAUAGUAGUGUAUCUUCUGAGAACAAAGCAUCCACAGACAAUAAGGAUAAGUACGUGAAUCAUAAAGACCAAUUGAAGAUAACAAAUGAAAGUAUGAAGCCUGUUGACCUUGUGGAUAUUCCUGUUCCAAUAUCGGAUGACAAUGGAAUAGCGGGAAAGACGCCACCAUUGCCAAUUACACAAACUGUUAAUGCACCAAAUGUAAUACCUGCAACUAAUCAGCAUAUGUUUGUAUAUACUUCACCUACAACUACCACUAGUGUCUGUCCAGUGACUGUUACAAAUAGUCCAAGUUUCCCAGCUGUUACAAAUCUGCAAGCGCCACCAUUGCCACAAUCUGAGUCUGCAAAUGCAACAGGUUUAGUGUCUAUGUCAGUGCCUAUUCCUGUACCAGUACCUGUUCUCCCUAAUUUAUCUGUUCCGCCGCCACCUAUACCUAUACCAGUUCCAGCACCAAAUACGGCUAUGUCUAAAUUUAAUCCUCCUAACAAUCUAGUUCCUCUUAAGUCGGUAGAUCCUCCUAAGCCUCCUAUCGUAGCAUUCAAAACUAAAAGUUUAUCACGGUUACCAUUACCACCUGGAAUUAAUCAAAAUGAUUUGGAGAGUAUAGACUCACCACCGAGUCGAUCUCCAAGUCCGCCUAGUAAGGCACAAAUGAAAUUCCCAGCUUCAACUACAAAACCACCGCAAAAAAAGAGUAUUAAAGACUUACCUAUGCCACCGGUUGUUCCUGGAUCAGAAGAUUUAAGUGGAGAAGAUGAUCCAAAUGCAACGCCUCCUCGUACAAAAGUUGAACGUGUACCACCAAAACCGAAAUUAAAAAGACCAAAAAUUUUGAAACGUAGAAGUUCUAGAAAUUGUCAUAUGCCUAUGUCAGCUUCGAGUGGUAAAGAUUGGGGAGAACGCUCUGUUGACGUAUUUGAAGUCAUAGCUCAAAUAGGAGAGGGUACUUAUGGACAAGUUUAUAAAGCUCAAGACAAACGAGCUGGUGUGCUUGUUGCAUUGAAAAAAGUUCGUCUGGAAAAUGAAAAAGAAGGAUUUCCCAUUACAGCAGUACGAGAAAUAAAAAUCUUACGACAACUCAAUCACAAGAAUAUCGUGAAUUUGAGGGAAAUAGUUACGGACAAACAAGACGCGUUAGAUUUUAGAAAGGACAAGGGUUCAUUCUAUCUCGUAUUUGAAUACAUGGAUCAUGACUUGAUGGGUCUUUUGGAGUCUGGAAUGGUCGAUUUCAAUGAAAUGAAUAAUGCAAGCAUCAUGAAGCAGUUAUUAGAUGGAUUAAAUUACUGCCACAGUAAAAACUUUUUACAUAGAGAUAUCAAGUGUUCUAAUAUACUGAUGAAUAACAAAGGGGAAGUUAAAUUAGCUGACUUUGGACUUGCAAGACUUUAUAAUGCUGAAGAUAGGCAGCGUCCCUAUACGAACAAAGUGAUAACUUUGUGGUAUAGGCCACCUGAAUUAUUACUGGGCGAAGAACGUUAUGGCCCUGCAAUAGAUGUAUGGAGUUGUGGCUGUAUUUUAGGAGAAUUAUUUUCUAAGAAACCGCUAUUUCAAGCAAAUGUAGAAAUGAUGCAGUUGGAGAUGAUUUCCAGAGUCUGUGGUACACCGACUCCUGCCGUUUGGCCUUCUGUGAUAAAACUGCCAUUAUGGCAUACAUUGAAACCAAAAAAAUCACAUAGAAGACGUUUACGAGAAGAUUUUUCAUUCAUGCCAGCACCAGCACUGGAUCUUUUAGAUAAAAUGCUGGAAUUAGAUCCAGAAAAACGAAUAACGGCUGCUGAUGCACUUAAAAGUGCAUGGCUGAAAAAUGUUCAACCUGAGCAGAUGCCAGCACCUCAGCUUCCUACUUGGCAAGACUGUCAUGAGCUCUGGAGCAAAAAACGAAGACGUCAGCAGCGUGAACAACAAGAAAGCUCUGCUGGAAAGAUGCCUCUUCUCCCUCUUCCAAAUAAAGGAGGUCCCCAUAAGGCUAUGGAAGAUCUGUCUGAUGUCGGGGGUUUGAUUCACAGUCGUUCAAACACGACGAUGGCUAUAGCGCAGAACAAUGGAAUAUAAACACGAAAAUGUACAGCAACGUUCUCUUUUCAUGGGUUUACUACAAAGAUUAUGUUCUCUAAUACUUUUCAAAUACAUGAAAAUAUUUCGAACGCAUGUAUUUAGAAGAAAUACAAAAUUUAUAGCGAUAUGUUUUUUCACAACAAAAUAUAUCAUAAUAUAAAAUAAUAUUCAAAUACUCCUUGAUAACUGCAAGAAAUAAUAUCAUAAUAUAUAUUAGUAUCUUUCUUUUAAAGUGAUAUCAAAUAUUAUUUGAUUUGGAGGAUCAGCAUUUAUGUAAAAGGAAAAUACGUAUUCCUCUUACAAUGUGUUUGUGAUUCAAUUUAAUUGCCUUUGAAAUUAAUUAUAUGAGCUUUAAAAUUACGAGAUAUCUUUUAUGUUUAAUAAUAUUAAGAUGAUCAAUAAGUAGCUAAAUGUGUACAUAUUUGCUAAUCUAUGUUUAUGUUAACAUAGAUAUGCAUACAUUGUGACAUGUUUGUGUAAAUGAAAAUGCACAUAUGUACGAUUUUAUAUCACAGCUUAUAUAUGCAUUUACAUAAGUGAAUGUAUAUGCAUAUAAUUAGCAAUAUUCAUGAUUGUAUCAAUGAUAUAAAUCUCUAAAAGCUGAAUUUUAAAAUGGUUAUAUAAGGAAGAAAAGAAAUAUAUACUAAGUAUAUAAUUGUAAAUAAAAAAAGAAAUUUCGUAUGUUAAUUUUCAUAUUAAACUAUUAAACUGAAAUGUCUAUAAGCGCAUGAAACGAUACAUGAAAUGAAUGAGCACAAACUAUGAAAAAAUAAAUGAUCUUUAUAAUAUUUAAAGUCUUGGAGUGUAAAUAGGUCAAAUGGAUACUAAGAAGAAGCUGAUGGAAGAUUGAAGACAAUGGAAUACAAGGAGCCAAGACUAAAGUGUGAAUGUAUUACGCGAAAUAUUAACAUCACGGCCAUCACCAUCGACAUUUCAUUUUAUUUACGUUAAUUCAGUUUAUUUGAACAUUCACAUCUAUAGAUCAGGCAUAUUUUAAUUGAUCAUAUUUUCGCAAUUGUGUGUUAUAGUUUGUUAUUCUGUAUUGUAGAUAAUUAUCGUAAGUUUCAAUAUACGAAUGGCAGCAUUGAAUAUUUGUUAAAUAUUUUCAUGUUUUUGCAUGUAUUUUGUAUCAAAGCCAUUCUUAUAAUGAAGUACGGGAUAUGGACAAACCUAAUGUAUUAUCUUCACAAUGUAAAAUAAUAUUGAAUUUCUGUAAUAUAAAAUAUUUACAAAAUGUCCAUAGGCAUCUGCCUAACAUUUUUAUGGACAAUGAAUUUCCAAUGUUAUUAAAA